AUGCGAAAUGUUACACAUAAAGAUUUUUUCAAUAAAACGAGAAAGCGAUCUAAUAUUCCGAGAUAUUUCCGUGCAACAAUUGCCGAGGUUGAUCGUGCUAAUCCUGAUUUUAUGUACAGAGUUUACUACUGGGAUGAUGUUGUUAACGUCGAUGCAGUCUCUAAUGAUCAGUGGCCUGAUGAAAGUUGUUCGUGUGCUUGGGUUAGUCCUUAUGAUAUCGCACCUUCUACUCCGGAUCUUUCUCGUCGUCGAAAUAUAGUAAGACGAAGAGAGAUGGAAUAUCAAUGUAAAUGUGGCUAUGAUUUCUGUGAAUUGGUUUUUAGUGAAAAAUGUCCAUUUAAAUUAUCGCAAGCUUGCUGUCAACGCCUAAAAAUGAAUUGCCCCUUCCAUUCAAAAAAAAACUCACCAAAUGAAGUCAUCACAGCUAAAAAAUUAAGAUCAUCGAAUAAGAGAAGCUCCUCCACGAACUUUUAUGCAACACGAACUGAGGCUUGUUUUUAUUUUUACAUUGAAUUUAAUUGGUUUAACAUUAUCAAACUAAGAAGGAGAAGCCUUGGGAUAUCUUUAUCAAGUGAUGAUACCAGGAGAAGCAUUUCGAUGAAAGAUAUCAGGCCUAAAUGGGUUUAUCAAAAUGGUCGUAUUGUUGAAGUUUCUGCAUCACCAACAUCAAUUCCCGAUGCACAGCCUCAAGCACGAGUUUCUCACACUGAUGAACACAGUGAUGAACACACACCUGCGAAGCGAAAUAGACUAGAGUUCGAUCGAUAUGAUUCGUCAUCGGACGGAUUUUUUGAUGAUGAUUUUGAAGAUGACAUCGAUGAUGAGCUUGAUAUGUCGAUCGAUGGUACAGUUGCUCGAGCUAUUCCUUACCAUCAGUUAAUUGCUAGGACAAAAGGAGUAAGUAUUGCUGGCAAUGUACAACCAGAAACAUCGGACGUUUUGCGUUCUGUGCCAUGCACCAUUACACGAUCAGCAGAUCGCACUAUUCAAAGAACUACACAGUCGGCUUACCCAGUAAAGUUUUUGGGAAGAAGUGGAAAUUUGUUGGGUGCCACUAAUCGAAUCCAACAAAAAGCAGUUUCUAAUUUAGCCAGAACAACGGAGAGGGCAAAUAUCGGUGCAACUACGAAGUAUUUAGUUUGGGCUAUUUUUAAGAUAUCAGAACGAGAUGGGAUACGGAAGCGAGUGUCAGCUCCGCCAAGACGUUUAAGUCCAAAUCCAGCGUAA